AUGAGAAUCCCUUACGUUUCUAACCCCCCUGAGACCAAGACGGAGGAACAUGCCGCCAUUGUGAAGCGUAUAGAAGAACGACGUAACCCCCGUCCUCUCCAAUCCUUGGACUUGGCUCUUCUUCAUUCGCCUCAUGUUGCUGACGGCUGGAACUCAUUCCUCGGCGCUGUACGCACCAAGACGUCUAUAAGUGACGAUUUGCGCGAGCUUUCCAUUUCCCGGGUUGCUGUUUGCAACAAGGCGUGGUAUGAGUGGAAGCACCACGCUCCUUUGGCAGUCAAGGGCGGUGUUUCUGAGGCUGGACUCGAGGCUAUCAAGCAGGACACCCUGGGUGAACGACCUGCUGAGCUAUCGGAAAAGCAAUGGGCUGUGCUGCUUUUCACGGAUGAGAUGACGAGGAACGUCCAGGUUAAAGAUGAGACAUUCGAUCGUCUGCGAGAGUUCUUCAACGAGCAAGAGAUUGUUGAGAUCACGGCAACGGUCGCAUGCUACAACUGUGUAAGCCGUUUCUUGGUGGCACUCGACGUCGGAGAGAGGAACGGUACUGGCCCAGAAGCUGUCUCGGAUCAUUGA